UGACUGUAUUUAAAACUUUACAAAUAUAAAAAUAAUGAGCAACAGGGACGUUGAGCGUUGGUGGAGGUGGUAACAAUGAUUUCCGUACAUUCUCUUCAAUUAUACGUCUUGAAAGUGCGAAUCACGACAACCUCAGCCUGGAGGAAAAGUCCAGUCAGCGUUUACGUCCACUUCACAUCACUUCCGCAAUUUCCAGAGUUUCACACGCUCUUUGAUUUACAAAGACGCACAAAUGUCUUUGGAACGAAAGAUCAUAUUUGAUCAUAUCAUAUCUGAGAUAUCUGAGUUUCAUGUGCUGUAAAUAACUAUGUACAUUUCAUUGAUUGCCAUCAUUACCAUCGCAGUUUAACCUGAAAAGGUUAAAGUGCAUUAGUCAGAAAACUGUCCAACUAUCCAAACAUGAAGGUCCUGAACAGAGACGAGCUGCAGAUCGCUGAAGGAGUUCUGCUCAAACACUUACCGAAGAGUUAUAAGGUGUACGGUUUCCUGUUCGGUAUCAACAGGAACAAACCGACUACACUGGAAGUUGUGGUCGAUACGUGGCCUGAUUUUAAAGUUAUCAUCUGCAGACCGGACCCCGAGAAAAAGCGUGCCUUGAAUUUCAUGAAAAAAGGUGACUACAGCAUGGAUGAACAGAGUUUGAGGAAAAUGCUAACAGACGAGAAUGCUGUUGAUUGGAGCACUUAUUUCAUGAUAGGAGGACUUGAUGUUUCCCAUGCACCAAUGCUCAAACAAGUGUCUUCUGACAGAAGAGUAAAAUACAAAACUGAUAUUUUAGUACACCUUCUGUAUUUGCAAGACACCAACUAUCUGCACAUGCCAGCGAUUAACAGUGAGCUUGAGUUGAGGAUUUCAUCUCUUAACCUUUCCUAUGUUGACUUGGUGAAUAAAACCUGGAAGUUUGGAAGAGACGAGAAGGGUUACAGGAAGAUUGAAAACCAAAUCAUUAACUUCCCAUCAUGCUGCAUCACAGACGGCCGGGGUCAGCCCGUGUCCUGGAUACUCGUAUGUGAUUACUGUGCUGUGGGAAUGUUGUAUACGCUGCCAGAGCACAGAGCGAAAGGCUAUGCCAACGUCGUAAUCAGCACGAGUAGUUAUGUGAUCUCUCGGUGAGGACAGGGAUGCCUUGCCAGUAAAAUGCUGGAAUAUUGAAAGCACAGCAUCAAAUCAGCUUCCUGUUCUCAGCUGACAGGAGUGACACCUGGUGUGGUCUUCUGCUGCACAAGCCCAUCUGCUUCAAGGUUCACGGUGCAGGAUGCUUGGAUGUAAUGAGUAGUUAUUGAGUUGCCUUCCUAUCAGCUUGAAGAAGUCUGGCCAUUCUCAUCUGCCUCAUUUAUUUUUAAAAAAGCCUCUAUUUUUUGGAAAGCAUCCGUUAUUGAACCUCUGUUCAAAAUGCCUCAACAGCGACAGCUGCAGGUUAUAUUGGGCAGGUCAAUCUGUGUGAUUGUGCAGAGAGCAGAUCAGCAGGAGUCUGACCUCCUCACCUCCUCAGGAUAGGAGACCAGCCUCCAUCUGUAUGCAUCUUUUUACAGUAGUAACCUAAUGAUGGCUAUAGCCUACACUAUGUUUAAUUAUAUAGUAAUAAUUUUCUAAUGUACUAACAUGAAACCUGCAUGUCCAGCUUUUGUGGUGACCUGCUGGGGUGUGUGACAUAAUCAGAGAUCAAUUAAAUCCAUCUAAGCCAAACUGACAUAACAUAUCUGGUAAAUUCUGAAUAACUGAUAGUUGUCAGGCUUAAAUGUUUUUGUUUUUGUUUUUUUGAUUACAAUAUUGUUCAAAUAUUUUAGAAUUCAGCAGAGAAAUUAGAUCCCAUCUCACAUCACUGCUGAAAAUAUGAUCAGCCUUUGAUGGAAGGAAGCCAAAGCACACUCAGAGAACAGUGAGUUACUAUCACACAUACAGCACAGACCACCUAACACACAACUGAAUGUCUGUUUGCAAUGAGGUGUAAAGGGAGGAAAGAGUGUGUAAAGAUGAAGAAGCUAAACCGCUUCUUAAACUGGUCAAACUGGAGAGCUGGCACAACCUGUAGAAAGUUGUAAAGAAAAAAAAGCUUUUAAAAUCCCUGUUUUCAUAAAACCUUUCAACAAUAUUGAAUUUUAUGUUUUUUGUUCAGCUGUGUGUAGCAAACAUCAGCCAACAACAUGAAAGACAUAUUUGAAGCCCAGACGCUCCUUGAGUUUCGAGAAACCAUGCUGUCUAAAUUUCAUGGAGUUCCAUUUGACGUGUAAUUAUUAACAGUUAAACGACAGUGUUGCAAUAUUUCUGUGAUCCGUUGAACAUGUUUAAAAAUUAAUUCUUGUAUAGUUAAUCUACAGACAAGCUCAACUCCUCAGCAUAGUCAAAAAGUACACUGUGGGUGUUUCCACAGUGACCUCCAGACUGCUCGAUGCACAGGCCUAGUUCCUGUUCUGAGCUGUCAGAUGUGGCACCCGGUGGGGUCUUUUUGCCCAUCUGAUUCAAGGUUUGACGUGUUGCAUGUUGCAUACUGUGACUGUAAUGAGUUAUUUGAAUCCUUUUUGUCUUCCAAUCAAAUUAAAGCAUUCUGGAUAUUC